AGGCAGUCGAGUUGCCGGGAAAAGUUACAGUUUACAUCGAAAGGGGAACUCAGAAUGAAGCUGGCACUGCUCCUGAUCCUCUGCUGUUGCCUCAUCGGAAUGGCGAUGGGUGACUCGGUUUUGGUGACCAAGCCGCCGUUCAUUCGCAGUCGCUACAGCUUGCGUUGGAGGAAGACAACCAGUGUGGCACCUGAGGUGGUCACUGGAUCCAGUGGACCCACCAUUCACACGGUCACCACCACCGACCAUCCCAAGCUGGCCACUUCCACCGCCAGUACGGAUUACGACUAUUACGGAAAUGGAGAGACUGAGAAUGUGGUGCACAAAUAAUAGUCAUAUUCCAGCCAUACGAGUAUAUAUUACCACUUUAUAUAAUCAGCGCGGCUUUGAAAUCGUAACAGUGUAAGAGAAUGCCGUUUAAUAAAUAAACUGUAAUUCAAAUCUCUAGAAAUCAAAA